GUUGGGAAUUUGGAGCAUUAUUGAUUUGCCCUCUUUUAAAUUUCAGCAGCUCCACAAGAGACAGAGUGAGUUAGUAAGGAAUGCAAAAUAUACCCUUCGCAGGUGUUACAGCCGCGUGAAGGAGCAUGGCGUGGGGAAGAGGAAAAGCAGCUACACCUUCGAGCAGCUGGAGCAGGUGUUUGGGCAGGGCGGAUGGGAUUCGCAGCCCUGCCAGCCCGUCCUCAUCAACAGCAGCAGCUAAGAGCUGGAGUCGGACGGCAGCACCAUGGAGGAGUAUUCGCAGGAGGACUGGGGAAACCACAGCCAGGACCUGCACUGCUACCAAACCGGUGAACAGGAAUUGGAUGAAAUGCCUACCACAAAAAGAACAUUAAAGAUAAAACAGGAAUCUUCGGAAGACACGCAGAAGCGUGACGUGAUGCAGAACAUUAUGCAAAUCUUGGAGUCGGUCCAGUUAAAGUGGGAGCUGUUUCAGAGCUGGACAGACUUCUCCAGGCUACAUCUUUCCAACAAACUGGCCAUUUUUGGCAUCGGUUACAACACGCGCUGGAAGGAGGACAUCCGCUACCACUACGCCGAGAUCAGCUCGCAGGUGCCCCUCGGCAAACGGCUCCGGGAGUAUUUCAACUCGGAGAAACCGGAGGGCCGGGUUAUCAUGACCAGAGUGCAGAAAAUGAACUGGAAAAACGUUUACUACAAAUUCCUAGAGAUCACCAUCAGCGAAGCGAGAUGCCUCGAGCUGCACAUGGAGAUUGACUGGAUACCUAUCGCUCACUCCAAGCCGACCGGCGGAAACGUCGUGCAGUAUUUAUUGCCGGGAGGGAUUCCCAAGAGCCCGGGUUUGUACGCCAUCGGCUACGAAGAGUGCCACGAGAAGCCCCACUCGCCUCUCGCGGAGCACAGGGGCCCCGACGCCGGCAACGAGGCGCCGGGGGAGAUGGACGUCCCGUCGCCGCAGGCCUCGCUCCGGGUGGAGAUGGAGGCGGCCAGAAUUAUCUACUGUUACCUCGGCAUUGCCGAGGUGAGGACUCUCCAGCAGUGCCUGUUUUUACACUUUCAGGCAAACACCAAAACCUUCAGCAAAGAGUGGGUUGGGAUCAAUGGGUUUUUAUCUCAGAACUGCAUCGUAGACCCCGGCGUGUCGCCCAAAUCCAUCUACAUCAAAUUUGUGGAAGUGGAGAGGGAUUUUCUUUCCGCUGGCUCUUUGGUAGAGUGCCUGGAAAAAGCCAUCGGAUACCCCUUAAAGUUUAACAACUGAAUCUCGUCCUUCAUAAGGAUUAGGGCUUCUGCCUGUUCUCCAUCUCACUACCAGACGCUUUGGGAUCCUGUCUGUUCGCCGUCGGGCAAGUCGGACUUUCCGAGGGAAAAGGAUUUCGGAGUGAAAGGUGCUUGCAGACGGUUUCGGGGGGAAAAUAAAUAAAUAAAUAAAUAAAUAAAUAAAUAAAACUCGUGCCGGGCAAGGCGGAUAUCCAGCCAGCUUGCCGGGCGGACCAACUGGUUUUAUACGGAGCAGCGCUGCGAUGAGAGCCCUGUAGACGAACUGACUGUAGGUACAUUCCACAUCGGACAGAGCGGAUACUUUGCGUUUCAUCCGAAAAGCUUUUUUUUUUUUGUUUGUUCGUUUGUUUGUUUGUUUGGGUUUUUUUUUUCCCACAAUGUUUCAUUUUUACACAUCCGUCUCUAUAUAAGUGUUAUUACAGACCUGAAUAAAUAAGCAAUAGAUAACGGCAAGUUAAACCUUGAGUCACAUUAAACGAGACUGUUUUUCAACGCCACCCUUAGAUACUCUUGUAUAUAAUUUAGCGUUUCACUUUUUUCACCCACCGAGUGUUCUCCUGUCUCCAAACAGUGUUGCCUGCAAAGACUUUUGUUUCCGUGAUGUAUUCCACUUUACUAGUAGUGUUGCCAUAUCCGCUUUUUAUUUUAUUUUAUUUUUUAACGUUAAAAGAAUUCCUGCCCCCCCCCCUUUUUUUUUCCCCCCUUCUUCCUUCCUUUUUUGUUGUUGAGUUCUAGUUUAGCCUCUUUGUGGCCGUGAGAAUAACCUGGCAGCUGGGAAACGUUUUGUCGAACCACGCUUAUCGAUACAAUCAAAGCUGUGAGCAUCGGGAAGGGGAUCUUGGCGGGCGGGAAGGGGAGGGCUCGCGGGCCGGGAAGCAACAUUUAAUGCCUUUUCGGAGAUGUUACUAUAUAAUAAGCCCCAUUAUCUUGCUGGCCGGCGCUGGCCUUUUGGUUUUUUUUCGAAAACUCAUUGAUCCGUGGAAGUUGUGACAUAACGAUGAAUGUGUCGGUCCUAAUAAAAUCGA